AUGGGAGGCUUGAAGAGAAAGAUACCGACUGAUAAGAAAAUAGAGAAGAAAGAAUCAAAAUCGGUUGCUUUCUCCAAGCGCCGUAAAGGUCUUUUCAGCAAAACCGCCCAGCUUUGUGUUCUGUCCGGUGCUCAAGUUGCUAUCUUAGCGACUCCACCUUGCUCCAAAUCCAACGUCUCCUUCUACUCUUUUGGUCACUCCUCGGUCGAUAGCGUCGUCUCUGCUUUCCUCAAGAAUGAGUAUCCUCGGGAAGAUCAUCUAGGGUCAGAGUUUUGGUGGGAAGACAAGCGUCUUUCCGAGUCAGAGGAUCCCAAGGAGUUGAGUGAGGCGGUGGACUCUAUUUCGAGGAUGAUGCAGAAUCUAAAAGGGUUACGUUCAAAGGCCUUGUCCGCUGGUGCAAGUAGUAGCUGCAUUCAUGAGGAUCCACCUCAAAACAUUAAAGAGGAGGAUCAGAUCGUAGAGGACAACAAGGAUGUUGUUAUAAACGCAACUCAUCAGGAGCUUGAUGGAAACCAAACCCUAGGUUUACAGUCUUCUUUGGCAAGUCUUUGCAUUCAAGAUGUUUCACGUGAGAAUGUGGAGGGGUUUGUCAACAACAGUGAACACAAGAAUGAGAUUGUAACGAGUUCUGACAGCAACAACAACAACAACGGUUUACUUGGAAGCGUGGAUGGGUUUGAUCAAGCGCUUAAUCUUGAUGAUGACUUCUUUGACUUUGAGAUGAACUCUGAAGGUUUUAUAACUACAAAUUUGGAGAUGAAUGUCGACUCAACGAAGGGAUAUUCAUGCGCUGGUUCUGGUUCUGAAGAUGGAGCAAUGGUGGUGAUUCCAAGUAAUUCUAUUGAGGAUAAUCAGAUGGUAGCGGUUUCUGACAGCACCAAUGCUUUACCAGGAAACUUAUAUGGGUGCUAUCAAGAGUUUGAUAUUGACCAAAUCUUUGAUUUCGUGGAGAGUACUGAAGAUCUAUCCAUGAACUCUGAGAUGGAUGUUGCCUCCAUGAUCGCCUCUCUUAUAGAAAAUUAA